UUUUAAUAGCCGUUGCCAAUGACUAGUUUUGAAAAAAAUGCUGUUGGCCAACGACUCUUUCUUAACAAAAAUAAAAAAUUUCACGCGGGCUGGCGGGAUGGGACGGGACCUUAACGGGCCGGCCUACCGGGACAAAAUGGGCAGCCCGUCCCAUCACAUGUCCCGUUUAAUAUUUAGUGGGAUGGGAUGUGACGGGAUUGGGAUGAGCCGGACCGACCCGUCCUAUUGCACAACCAUAGGUAUGGGUAAGUUAUGCCUACACUCCACCCUUCUCAUACCCCACUUGUGUGGGAUUAGAGUGAAUUUGUUGUUGUUCACCUAUUCUGCCGAAUUUGCCCCUAUUGUUAUUUUUUCUAACUCAUUUAUGCCCUUGAAACUAACCUCCCUAUCUGGAAUUUAAAAAAAGUUUAAUUAUUUAUUACGUGUCAUAUUUCUAUUGGCUAAAUUUAAAACCCCAAUGCAUAUCCAUUUUAUUAAACCCACGCCAUGACCCAAAGAUCCAUACCCAUGACCCGGAUGUUAUUAAAAAACCUAAACAUCCAAAGGGCGUACAAAAUUUUCAAUCACCGAAUUCACCACCUCCAGCAAUGACUGCAUACAACUCCUCGCCAUCUUUAUUUUGGAUUCAAUUAAGUAGAAUUCCUUAAAACCUUAACCUUAGAUUGAAGCAAGGUUUUUUUUAAAGGGUUAGGGUUGUGGGAAUUAGGGACGACGAGUUUGAGAAUUUGAAAGAAUUUUGUGAUUCUAUUUCUCGUCAGACGUUAAUGCUGUCAUUGAUUAUCCGUCUUUCACGCAAAGCCAAUUAGCUGGGAAUUUUCAGGAAAUAUUCAUUCAAGCGGAGCAUGCCUUUUGAAGCGAAGCGAAGGAAAAUUGACGGUGAACCUCCACGUAAGGCUAUCAUUCCACCACCUAAAAGAAGAGCAACAACCUCUAGCCAUAAACCAGUAGUGGUGAUUGGUGAACAAACAAGCAGCAUCACUAAUCUCAGGCUACAACAGGCUAAGAAUUCAGCACUAGCUCAAGCACAACAAGACGCCUGCACUGGCAAUUUCAGGAUCUUUGAUUCUCCUUUUGGGAAUUUUCUUGUACCUGUAAUUCCAACUCGUGCUGAACUAACCCAUUAAGUAAUGGUGAUGAAAUCUUAGAAUCAGAUGACUUUUUCAUAGCGUGGAAUCUUGGAAAUUUGGAAGAUUACAGAGUAAAACAGGGAUAUGUCAUUUAGCCAGAAGGUCCUCUACUUAAAGACUUCGCAAAGAUGCUUGCGGUCUCCAUGGCUAACAAAAACUUAUUCUUUCUCAGACAUUGUUCACAAGAAAACAAAGCUUGCUCCUCUACAGGAAAGGAGAAUGAUAGAUCGCUUUCGUAUAUGGGCCAAAGGAGGUGAUGGUGGCAACGGUUGUACCAGUAUUCGUCGUAGUCGACAUGAUCGCCGUGGCAAACCUGACGGUGGGAAUGGUGGAAGGGGUGGUGACGUGAUAUUAGAGUGUUCCCCUGCAGUCUGGGAUUUGAGUGGUCUGCAGCAUCACAUUAAUGCAAAGAGAGGCGGAAGCGGGUCUUCCAAAAAUAUGAUAGGAAGCAGAGGAGCUGACAAGGUGAUCCUAGUUCCUGUAGGUACUGUAAUUCAUCUAGUAGAGGGUGAACUUCCAUCUGCAGUUGAGAAGAGUUCAAGUUCUGAGUUGGACCCUUGGGAGCUUCCAGGUACAGUUGAUAUUGAGUCGUCAGAGUUUUCUACACUAUCAGUUCCGGCGUACCAAACCAGUUCAGAAGCUGAGAAGAAAGCCAAAUUUAGUGGACGUCGACCUUCUGCUGGUGAAGAAUCCACUACAGCAAGGAGAAGAAAUUGUGCUUCGCCAAUCAAUUCUGGCACGAAACAUUCACUUUCUAGAGGCAAAUUCGAAAGUGAUCAUGAUGAUUUGAGCAAUUGGGAGGAAGAAAGCUGUGGACAAAUGGAAGAUCAAGAUGGUGAAGAUGCUAUGGGAACAGAAUGUGAAGAUGAGUUGGAAGAAACUGAACAUAUAGAAUAUGAUGUGGCAGAGUUAACAGAACAAGGCCAACGAAUAGUUGUUGCUCGUGGAGGGGAGGGUGGCUUAGGAAACCUGUCCAAGGGGAAAGCGUCAAAGAUGAUGCCAAAGGGAGCCAAUUUUGAUGAUGAAGUAUCUGAUGAUUAUGAUCAUGCAUCACUAGGUGCUGGCUUGCCUGGCUCCGAGGCGGUCCUUGUGUUAGAACUAAAGAGCAUUGCAGAUAUAGGUCUUGUUGGGAUGCCAAAUGCCGGCAAAAGUACCCUCCUUGGGGCGUUAUCAAAGGCUAAACCUACUGUAGGUGAUUAUGCGUUCACAACAUUGAGGCCUAACUUAGGCAACUUAAAUUAUUUCGAUUUUUCUUUAACUGUAGCUGACAUCCCAGGACUCAUAAGAGGAGCCCAUGAAAAUCGUGGGCUUGGGCAUGCUUUCCUUCGGCACAUAGAACGAACAAAAGUUCUAGCCUACGUGGUAGACUUGGCUGCAGCAUUGGGUGAUAACAAGGGAAUACCACCCUGGGAGCAGCUAAAUGACUUGGUUUUGGAACUCGAGUACUAUCGAGAGGGUUUGACAGAUCGACCAUCCUUAGUGGUGGCUAACAAAAUCGACGAAGAUGGGGCUGAAGAGGUCUAUAAAGAGCUAAAACACAGGGUGUCUGGUGUGCCCAUUUUCCCAGUUAGUGCAGUCCUAGAGGAAGGAGUACCAGAACUGAAAGAUGGUCUAAGGAUGCUUAUCAGUGGUGAACAAUCAAACAGACUACAACUAGAUGGUAUAGUUCUUCAUCAGGAUUCUGCUUUUGUGAGCAUCUAAUCUAUAUUAUUAGGAGAUAUCUGCUUCAGUAUACUUUCCCUUGAAAAUGUAAUACCUUUUUUUUUCCACAAUACCGUGGCAAUUUUCUUCCGAGGAGGUAAUUUUCUUUCUGACUUGGAAUUAUUUUGCGUACUUCUUGA